AUGUCUAGCGAAGAAUUCUUGGAAACAAUUUCGCAUGAUACUUAUAAAGAGUCAAGAGGAGAAAGUACUUUAACUGCUCCAAAAAGAUCCGCGUCUCAUCCUAAUCUUCAGGGUCAAUCGUUACAAUCUGAACAGAAUUUAUUAACACCUGAAUCAAGCCAAGAAGUAAAAAUCAAUAUUAAUAAUCACAACAACAACAACAACAACAAUAAAUCUAGAAAACAAAUAGACAUUUCAAAGUCUGAUAAUGCAAAUCAAAAUUACUCAUCAGAUAAAGACAUUGAUCAUAAUAACAAUGUUUAUCCUAAUGAUAAUAAUAAUAUGAAUGGAUCAUCAAAUUAUGAAGAUACUUCACAAACCUAUACUCCAAACUCAUCAUCAUUCAUACCCAUUCCUUCUCAAUAUUACACACCACCAUUUAUUCCAAAUAACGGACAAUACUUUUAUGAUCAUAAUUACAAUAGAUUUGCUAGGAUGCCUCCUCAAAUGACUCCAAAUAGUCAUCCUGCAUUCAUAAAAUCGAAUUUUUAUCCUUAUCACCAAAUACCCGUUUUCUCUUCAUUGCACCCGCCUCCACCCCAAUACCAUAAUCAUUCACCUAUAUUCACACCUCAACACAUUCAACCAAGAUACCUCAAUCAAUCUAGUGCUUCCAGUGUCGAUUCUGGUUUUUCUUCGAGAAGAAGCUCCAUGGAUCAACUUAGAACACCUGAUUUUGAUCCUCAAAAUAUUUCUAGAAUGUAUCAACAAAAAAAGCCAAAACAAUUGGAUAAAGCUUUAUGGGUUGGUAAUUUACCUGAAACUACUACUUAUGAAGAGUUGGAAGAAUUCUUCGAAGAUGAAAAUAUGGAGAGUGUAUUCCUUAUUAAAAAAUCAAAUUGUGCUUUUGUUAAUUAUAAAUCUCAUGAGGCUGUAAUAGAAGCCCAAAAUCCUACAGAUUUUAAAUUAAAACCUGAAAAUUUAUCAGCAUUAGAUUCGGAACACACACCGCCACCCACUCCAUCUGAAGCUGGGUCAACAACAUCAUCCAGAUCCCAUCGAUCAUCUUUACCACCACGUAGAAUAAAACAACCUUCAAUUUCAUCCAUGUCUCCUGCAUCUUCAGUUUCUUCAUUAAAACCUUCAUCGCCGAAUAGAUAUUUUAUUCUCAAAUCAUUAACUCAAGAUGAUCUUGACAUCUCUGUACAGAAUGGUUUAUGGGCUACACAACCACAUAAUGAAGCUGCAUUAAACAAAGCAUUUAAAAGUGCUGAGAAUGUAUAUUUAAUAUUUAGUGCUAAUAAAAGUGGAGAAUUCUACGGUUAUGCCAGAAUGUUGAGUCCUAUCAGUAAGGAAUCCACUGAAACUGUUCAAUGGACUCCAAUUGAUGAAGCAGCAUUAGCAGCUUCCUCAUCGCGUCCUUCACCAGUAUUAUUAGAAGAAAAUAUUAAAUAUAAAAUACAAGAAGAAGAUAUUGAAGAUUGUGAAGAGGAAUCUGUUCCUUCAAGAAAUUGGGGUACAACAUUUAAAGUAGAAUGGAUUAAAGUUCAGAAACUUCCAUUUACACGUACACGUCAUUUACGUAAUCCAUGGAAUGCCAAUCGUGAAGUUAAGAUAAGUCGAGAUGGUACUGAAGUCGAGCCAGUUGUUGGUGAACGUUUGCUAGCUGAAUUUCAUAAACCACCUCAUCAAAACAUUUCUGCACAAUACGUUAAUAUUUCUGGGCCUCUAUUAACACAACCAAUAAAUCUUGAAGGUGGUAAUGGUCAAGAUAGAUCAUUGCCUACUCAAAAUAGUAAUCAAACAUUACAGAAUCAAUUAUCACCAAUGAUGGAUCAUAAUUAUAUACAAACACCCCAACCAACCUUUUUUGCACCACCACCCGGAUAUUGGCAUCCACAACAUACUAUUUUAUUGCCACCAUACGGAACACCUCCAGCACCAGCAUAUGUAUCGUCACAACAAGUAUGGGCAAAUGCUUCUUCCAAAGAUUCAUCAGGAAAUGUGACUCGGCCGACCACAGUUGUACCCGCACAUCAUCUUUAUCCAUCCACAAAUCCAAACGCCACUGCAAAUGGUCAAUAUCAGCAACAACAAUAUUACAGGCCCAUUAGUGAAAAUAAUCAUACAAACGAUCAUCUAUCAUAUCAACAAGAUGAAGAGAAUGAACAAGAUGAAGACACUAUUGUUUCGCCACAACCAAACAAAUCAAACACUUUUCCAUUAUCAAAACAUUCGGAAAAUCCGACCAGUCUACCUUCGAAUAACAAAAAAACCAAUAACAACAACGGAAAUAAUACUAAAAAUAGCAAUUAUAUUUCAAACUCUUUUAAGAGUUUAUUCGGCUAUAAUAAUGAUAAUUCCGUAGAAACUACAACAGAAAUAGUAAAUUCAACGGACAAUCAUCAGGAUAGUAAUAACAAGCCUACAACAUCUUAUACCGGUUCUGUUCUUAAAAAAUUUACUUGGUGUUCAUCAUCAAUGUCAAAUUCGCCGGAACCAAUUAAUGAAAAUAAUGACAAUAUCAACUCGACGGUGAACAUAUCUUCGAACGAAAUAAACAAUAAUGAAAACUCGAUGCCUUCAGAUGUUGAUAAAUCAAACAGUAUAACGGGUUUACUUAGAAAAUUUAAUAGUUAUAGAAGAAAAUCGGAACAUAAAGACAGUAGCGGUGAAACAGCAAUUGAACAAGAUGAAUCAACAGCGACAACAGAUGGGAGAAUAAAAACCCCAACUUUAUCUCCUACAAGAUCAUCAAAUCGAAAGUCUAAUUUCACUUCUUUAAUUGAAAGACUAAGUAGUGGCCAAUUAUUUCAUUUUAAUAAUAACAGCAACGUACCAGAGAAAUUAAAGCAAAAGGUACCAGAGAAAUUAAAACAAAAAAUACCAGAGAAAUUAAAACAAAAAAUACCAGAUAAUCAAGGUCCUGAAGAUCCUUCAAUAUCCACUCAACAAUUAACUGCUGCUGAAUCAAGCAAAAAUGUUAGUAGUAAUCUUAAAAAUGUAAAAGGCAGUGAUCCUUACCUUGUUAAAGGCAGCAGUCAAGUUAAUUUGAUUAAAGGUGUCGAAGAACAUGAAAAGAAUGACGAUGAUAAUGACGAUAGGGAUAGCGGUGAUGAUAUGUCAUUAGAUGAUGGUGAAGAGGGUGACGUGUCUACAACUCAUUCACACGCACCGGAUUCAAGUUUAUACACAGGGUCAGAUUAUGAUGCAUCAUCAUCUGUUAGACAACGAUUAUCAAGAGUGUCAUCGUUUGCAAAAUCCUUUAAUUCGGAAGAUCCCGCAGCAUCAGUUUUUAGUAUAUUUUCUGAAUCUCGAUUUUCCAACCUUGGUGAAUCUGACCCAAAUAAUCCCAAUCAUAAUAGUAAAUCCGAUCUAUCCAAUAUUAAUAACCAAUAUGCACAAAUAGUGAUGGAUUCAGCUUGGGAUUAUGUAGUAAAUCAACCGCAAGGGCCAAAUCAUCAAAAAAAUCAACAGUUACCAGCCAUACUAGAUAAUAAUAACAUCAACAAGCCACCAGCAAGUUUAAGUAAUAAAAGAUUGUCCUAUAUACCAAAUAAUUUUUUUGAUGGCUUAUAUAAUCUUAAGGAAUUAUCAUUGGAUCGCAAUAAUUUACGAGAUUUUCCUGAUGAAUUACUAAGACUUACUAAACUUGAAAAACUAGAUUUGAGUUAUAUUUCACCUAUAACAAAAAUCAAGACGUUAAAAGAAUUGAGGCUAAACAAUAAUUUAUUAAUUGAUAUAUCAAGUGAUAUAACAAAAUUGAUUAAAUUAAGAUUAUUGUAUUUAGAAAAUAAUCAGUUGGUAUAUUUACCUGACACCUUAAAUAAACUAAAAUCUUUAUGUAUAUUAAAAUUGAGUAAUAAUAAUAUAGAAUUUCUGCCUGAAUCAAUUUGUUUAUUAAAACAAUUGCAACUAUUGGAAUUAAAAUCAAAUCUACUAAGAAAAUUACCAGAGAACAUAAAAGAGUUGGAUAAUUUAGUGUUACUAGACAUUUCAAACAAUAAAAUUAAAUCAUUGCCGAACGAUAUUGUCAAAUUAAAUAAACUGCGACAUCUUAAUUGUAGUAAUAAUUUAAUAGAAUCUCUACCAGUAAGGAUAGGACAAUUAACAAAAUUGAUAGAUUUAAAUUUAAAAGAAAAUAAACUGUCAGAUUUACCAACUGACCUAUCGAAACUCACUUCAUUAACGGAUUUAGAUUUAUCAUUUAACGAAUUGGUAGUGCUACCAGAGGAUCUAGGGAAAUUAAGUAAAUUAUCAGAAUUAAAGUUAAACAACAAUCCUUCUUUGUUGGCAAUACCCGAGACUUUCAGAAAAUUAUCCAUGGUCAAAAAAAUUUAUUUACAACAUUGUAGCUUAAAACAAAUACCGUUUGAAUUGGGUGUUCAUUAUCAGAAAUUAGAAUACAUCAAUUUAUCGUAUAAUUUGUUGGAUAAAUUGCCAAGUUUAAAAGGAAUGUAUAGGCUUAAAAUAUUCUAUAUAACAAAUAAUAGAUUAAAUAUUUUACCAGAAGAGGAACUUGAUCAAUUAAUUUCAUUAGAAGAAUUUUAUUUGAUAAAUAAUAAAAUAAAAUAUUUAUCAAGAUCAAUAGGCAAAUUGAAAAAAUUAAAGGUUUUAGAUUUGUCAGAGAAUAUGCUCACUAAAUUACCGUUGACAAUUGGUGAUUGCGAAAACUUGGUUGAAUUGAAGUUGAGAGGCAAUUCAUUACAAUAUUUACCCAAGACAAUCAGCAAUUUGAAAAAAUUAAAAAUAUUUUAUGUUGGAGAUUGGCCAAUAAAUGAUUUCAUAAUUAUACAAAAAGAAAAACAAAAGUCCAGUGAGAAUGAAAAUUGGAAAAACGUUAAUUAUCAGUAUCAGAACAAAGUAAUUCCCUUAAAUUUAGAAAGAAACUUAUUAUGGGCGAUUCAUGAUUCAAUAUUAACAAGAAUAAGAGAAAUAGAAAGAAACACCAAUUACAAUAUCGUCAAUUAUAAUAAUAAUGAUAUAACACAUAUUACUGAUAUACAAAAUUUUUCAAGCGAACCAAUAAGUUCGCAACAAGAUUUAAAUCAAACUAAUGAUACGUAUAUGAAAGAUGAUGCGGCGUUAAAAAUGGCUUUAAUGAUGAAAAUAUUAAAAGAAAUACGUCUAACUAGUAUUUCCGCCAAUAAUAAUUUUGGUACAGGUAAUAUUACUAUUGGAAAUGAUUAUGACAAAGAAUCAAUUGGUGAUGAUAUAACUGAAUUUUCUAGUGAUAGUGGCAAAAUGAAAAAAUUUGCAAAAUUUAAAUUUUUAAAACAUAAGCAGUAA